CCCAGAAGGGUAAGCCAAUGCAACGCGACUCGAAGACCUUGUGAACCGUGCCUUACAACGCGAACGUCGACACGCAACGCGCCAGCCGCAGCAACUCAACCUGCCUACUCUCGUUUACCCAGCCUGACACCUUCUCAGUCAAUAUGUACGGCGAUUUGGGCAAUAAGUUGGUACAACAUGCUAAACGAACCCAAAACCUUUCGCAUUUGCCAGCGUACCAAGCCGAGAUAGUACGCGCCGUUACGCGUGAAGUCAGAGACCUUGAAAAGGAUGUGACGGAGGUUCUAGAGCCUUUCCAGGGCUCUUUCGACCCAACUGCCGACCAAGCGACAGCAUGCACAGUCCUCGUCAAUUAUCUCUCCAUACGCAGGAACAAGCGAUGCGUUCUCGCAUACCACCGAACUCGGACGGAUAAAUUGGAAGAGCUGGCAUGGAAGGGAAUAGACGUGCUUGAUUUGGCUGGGCAACAAGUACGAGGCAAUGCAGGAUCAUCCACAGGGGGUCCCAAUGGCAACGCCGAGGGUCCUACGAGCAGUCUGAGUCCGCAAGAGGAGGAGUACGUGAGGCAAUACGGCGAUCUGUUGGCUGCCUACAAAGGGCAAUGGACGGAUAUCGAUUUAACGGGCAGCUUGGAGCCUCCGCGAGACCUUUUCAUCGACGUGAGAGUCUUGAAGGAUGCAGGAGAGAUCCAGACCGAAUACGGCGCCAUCAAUUUGACCAAGAACAGUCAGUUCUAUGUCAGACAGGGCGACGUGGAGCGGCUCAUAGCACAGGGUUAUCUCCAAAAACUCAGCUGAUGCCCAUAACCGCCCUUAAUCUGGCUGGCUUACCUCGGAGUUUCGAGAUAACGAUACUAAGAGGAAUGCGUCUUCAUUUCUCCCAUUCUUGGAGAUCUGUGGAGCUUGAGUGUCACGGAUGUACGGCUGCCUUGACAAGACCCUUGCACGGAUCAUGAGAUUCAAUGUUCUCGUCAGAAGCAAGGCAGGGCGCCAUUGUCGGCAAAAUAACAAGGCGCGGUGCGUAAAGAUGAUGAGAGCAACUUGACAUGUGAGGAAUAUUCCGCUGGCACUUCGCGGGGUACGCGGAGUGCACACAUGCAGUUUCAAGGGGCUGAGU